AUGGAUGAGCGAGCAGCAAAUAAGCUAGCUUCUGAGGUCGAUAAAGCCCUCUCCACGGCAGCUUUAGAGGGUCAUCUUCAUGUAGUUAAGUAUCUCGUUGGUCAAGGGGCACAGGUUGAGGGGAUUGAUAAUAAUGGUUGGACACCACUUCAUGCGGCAUCAAUCGGAGGUCAUCUUGACGUAAUUCAGUUCCUCGUUACUCAAGGAGCACAGGUAGACAGGGGUGGUAAUAACGGUUCGAUACCACUUCUUGGGGCAUCAUUCGGUGGGCAUCUUGGUGUAGUUAAGUAUCUCUUUGAUAAAGGGGCACAGAUUGAUACGCCUCAAAAAGAUGGUUCUACGGCUCUUAUGAUUGCAUCAGUUGAAGGUCAUCUUGACGUAGUUCAGUACCUCGUAAGUCAAGGAGCACAGGUUGAGAGGGGUAAUAAUGCUAAUAGGACACCACUUCAUCACGCAUCAUCAAAUGGUCAUCUUGAAGUAAUUCAGUACCUCGUUACUCAAGGAGCACAGGUUAAGAGGGGUGAUGAUGAUAGGGGUCAGACGCCACUUCAUACGGCAUCAUUGAAUGGGCAUCUUGACGUAGUUCAGUAUCUCGUUACUAAAGGAGCACAGGUUGAGAGGGACGAUAAUAGGGGUCAGACGUCACUUCAUGCGGCAUCAUCCAAUGGUCAUCUUGACAUAGUUCAGUAUCUCUUUGAUAAAGGGGCACAGAUCGAUAAGCCCGCAAAAAAGCAUGGUUCUACGGCUCUUCACUUUGCAUCACUACGUGGUCAUCUUGAUGUAGUUCAGUACCUCGUUAUUCAAGGAGCACAGAUUGAAAGGCGUGAUAAUGAUGGUAAUACACCACUUCUUGAUGCAUCACGCAAUGGUCAUCUUGAUGUAGUUCAAUAUUCUAUCGCUCAAGACGGCUACCCUCAAGGUUUUGGACAGCUAAAACUUGAGAGCGUCUGGUUGGCUCUGCCCCUGGACCUCACCCAGAAAUGCAAUGGCUUGCUGAUCCAGGGACCAUGGAGCACCUACUUCUAG